AUGAAGAAAAACGUUAAGCAAACGCACAGCAGUGACGAAGAGGAGGAGUUGGAAAAUCAAUUCCUUAUACGAUUUCCCGAGGAUGCGGCUAACAAUGUGCGCAAGUGGAUCGAGGCUGGCACUAUAGACAGCAAGUUGACCAUACAGUUCUAUGAUAAUAUGCGCUACGGCAAGGUGCGUCUGGAGAAUGAGAAGCUGUAUGCGACGCUCUACGACCUGCCCACCGUGCUGGAGAGCUACAAGACAAUGGACAAUAUCAAUCUGUAUAAAACCGCAGACAUCUGCCAGCUGCUCAACUGCAGCAGAGCGCCGCUGCGGAGAUCGAAGAGCAAGCGGCUGGGCGGACAUUGCCAUAGCUUAAGCUCGACUAGCUCAAGCAGCGAUGAGUCCGGCAGCAGUUCGAGCACUAGCGGCACAGACUCAACAAGUUCAACGGAGUCCGAGUGUGGCGAGGAUGCUGCUGCCGCCGCCGCCAACUUGCUUGACUCCGAUGGCAAUGAGCUCGACGACUUGACCAAGGAGCUGCUGCAGCGUCUGCGUAAGUCGAAGAGGCGAGCGCAACGCAAAAAGUGUGCAAAGCGCAACAAAAAGUUGCAAGCCAAAGCGCUGCACAAGCUGCCCAUAGAGUCGGCCACAGAGACGCAGCAAGGCUCAGCAGCAGCAGCAGCAGCAGCAGCUGCAGCGUCUAAGCCACUCAUGAUCAUGUGGUCCCAAAAGCUGCAGCAUCGCUCCCAAACUUAUGACGCAUUCGAAUUGAGCGUGCCCAUUGCAUUGAGAGCGCACUUUGCCAACUUUGUGCACGAAAGACAAACGCAAAUGCAGCCGCCCAAGUCAACGAAGCGCAAACGCUUGGAUCUGCAGCCAGCGCCCGAGCAGCCAACGGAGUUCGAGUUCAAAGUGCCAGAGAUACCGCCAAAGCCACGCAAGCGCCAGCGCUUCGAACUGGCCCAGCAGAUUUCUAACGUCCAAAGCUGCUGCAGACUAAUUAAAGAGAAGAAUCUCGCUCCGGGAGAAACAAUUAUGCAGAAUAUGCAGCAGCAACAGCAGCAGCAGCAACAACAGCAGAGGGAGCAGCAACAGCAACAGUAUGAAGAGCAGCAGAAGCCAAGUGGCAGGCCUAGAUCUGCGUCCAAGCUGCAGCGGAGCAUCAAGGAGAAAAAUCUUCCAACAUUGGCGAAGCUGCUGCAGCAGCAGCAGGAACAACAGCAGCAAUGGAAGCAGCAGCAGCAGCAGCAGCAGCAGGAGCAGCAGGAGCAGGCGCAGCCGCAGCAAUGGCUGCAGAUCACUCCCAGUUCGCAGUCCAUGCUACAAAUCGCUGAUGCGUUAAUGCUGUGCACGCAGGGGAAGAUGCUGCCGCCGCCGCCGGCAGCAGCACCCAAGGCAGCAAAACGGCAGCCAAGCCAAGCAGCAUGCAAAUGGACAGCAAUUGAUUUGGAGCAAGAGACGCUGUCAGGCGACGACUUGGAGUCCAAGCCAGCAGCAGCAGCAGCAAAGAGACAGACAGAAGCUGCUGAUGCUGGUGCUGCUGCUAGCAAGAAGCCGCCGCCGCCGCCGCCGACAAGCAAGAAGCAAUCUAGAGGCGGCGGCGGCGUUGCCAAGCUGGAGGAUGAGCCGCUGCCCGAGAAGAUCGACGAGAAGUUCCUUUGGCCACAUGGCAUAACGCCGCCGUUUCGUUAUGUGCGCAAGCGUCGCCUCAGUGGCUACAUCAGAGACAAGCCCAUCGAUGAGCCCGAUCCGAUGACAAUCAAGGGCGUGCUGCAUCUGCUGCGCCAAGACAUCGAAGCCAUACACACCGAGUAUGAGAUUGAGUAUGAAUAAGCGACGCGUGUCAAGCGCUUAGUGUUGAUUGCAAUUCCCAAAUAAAAUGCUCAUGCAAGCGAGCGACUAUUAAUGGGUCAACACACACACACACACACACGCACACGCACACACGCACACAUAAUAAAUCAGCAGUAGGCGCCGCUGACCCAGUGAAUUUGAACUCACAAAAGUUCAGGCGUCAAGUCGAGCGUAAAUCUCAACGCUGACUGGACGAAUCGACUGGCAGACUAGACCACCCACAAGUG